CGUCACAGUCGUCCGCCCUACGACCGCUUCCUCGUGAGCGUCCACUCUGUUGAAUUUAGCGCUACCGCCUGCUUCCCUAACGAGAACGCUGUGCAACAGGCUAACAAGUUAGGAAGCCGAGAAACAUCGACAUUUGGGAGGAGUGGUGAUGAAGGGUUCAGCAAACACAUUUGCAGACAUGAUGAACAUACCAGAAUACUAUGCAGGGAAAAAUGUGCUGAUUACUGGAGCAACUGGCUUCAUGGGAAAGGUAAUGCUGGAGAAGCUUCUCAGGUCAUGCCCAGGAGUUAAUGCUGUCUAUGUAAUGGUCAGGUCAAAAGCUGGCCAGAGCCCACAGGCCCGUAUUACUGACAUGAUUAGCAGCAAGUUGUUCGAUAGGUUACGAGAUGAACAGCCUUGUUUUGCGGAGAAGAUUAUUGCAGUGAGCAGUGACCUCACAAAGCCAGAAUUGGAUAUGAGUAAGGAGAAUCAAAGGUUACUAGCUGACGUCAUCGACAUCGUCUUCCACUGUGCCGCCACCAUCCGCUUCAAUGAGCCACUGAAAGAUGCAAUGCAGUUGAAUGUCUUGGCUACCCAGAAGAUGCUCGCACUUGCCCAUAAAAUGAAGCAUCUGGACAUCUUCAUCCAUGUAUCCACAGCCUAUGCCAACUGUGAUCGAGAGCUGAUUGAGGAAAUGGUCUAUCCUCCCCCAGUAGAGUAUGUCAAACUCAUUGAUGCUCUUGAUUGGAUGGAUGAUGAACUUGUGUCUGCACUGACGCCCAAGCUGAUUGGUCAGAGACCAAACACCUACACCUUCACAAAAGCAUUGGCUGAGUAUCUGGUGCAGCAGGAAGCCGGGGACCUCAAUGUUGCUAUUGUCAGGCCCUCCAUAGUUGGUGCCAGCUGGAAAGAACCUUUUCCCGGUUGGAUUGAUAAUUUCAAUGGACCAAGUGGAAUAUUUAUCGCAGCAGGUAAAGGGAUCCUUCGCACAAUGAGAGCAUCUAAUGACGCAGUAGCUGACUUGGUGCCAGUAGAUGUAGUCAUCAAUACCACACUGGCUGCAGCCUGGUACUCUGCAUCCCAAAAACUGAACAGGCCCAAAUCCAUACCUGUUUACAACUGCACAACUGGUGGCAUCAAUCCAUUUCGCUGGGGAGAAGUUGAGAACUGUAUAAACAUGACCUUCAAGACCAAUCCUUUAGAGCAGGCCUUCAGAAGGCCUAAUGUCAAUCUCCGCUCCAACCCCUUUACUAAUCAGUACUGGACAAUUGUCAGCCACACGCUGCCUGCUCUUCUCUAUGACUUCUAUCUCGGGCUGAAAGGCGAAAAGCCUCGGAUGAUGAAGACAAUCACUCGCCUUCAUAAAGCCAUGAUGGUGCUGGAAUAUUUCACCAGUCACUCUUGGGUGUGGAGCACCGACAACGUAGCCAUGUUGAUGGCCCACAUGAGCCCUGAAGAUAAAAAGGUGUUUAAUUUUGACGUGCGUCAGCUGAACUGGGCAGAGUACAUGGAAAAUUACUGCAUGGGCACGAAAAAAUAUGUCCUCAAUGAAGAGCUGUCAGGCCUGCCUGCUGCACGCAAGCACCUGAACAAAUUGAGGAAUAUCCGCUACACGUUCAACACCAUCCUAGUGGUGCUCAUCUGGCGGGUUUUCAUUGCCCGAUCUCAGAUGGCUAGAAACAUCUGGUACUUUGUAGUGAGCCUCUGCUUUAAGUUUCUCUCCUACUUCCGAGCAUCUUCCACCAUGAAGUAAUGAAUCUCAGUAGAGGAAGGCAAGUUGGGGUGACACAGAAACAUAGAAAAUACUGGCAGUGGGUGUUCAAGAAAAUAUACAAAUUUGUUCCAUUGGUCUUGUUCGUCCUAUAGACAUUAUAAACUAGUGGAGCCUUUAAAGCAGGUGUUUUAAUCACAGAGUGCAGAUAGAGUACAAGUUUUAUAUUCUGAUGCUAUUUUUGUGCUAUUUUGUGGUCGAGUGUGAGAUCUUUACCAACCUCCCCCUGUUGUACAUGUUUCUGUGUACUUGCUGGCUGCCGACCAAACACGAAAAACACUGCUGGCUUGAGUCUGUCCUAGUACACCUCCUUUUCUCCUUGAAACUUUGUCCUUCCAAUUGAGCGUGCGCGCGCUGUAUAUGUGUUGACAUUGUGUAUACUUGAAUACAGUACAUAUGAUAUUUGAAGUGUAUACAAAUACAGUAUAUACUGUAGUAUCCAUGUGUUUGCAGAUAUACAUUUACAGUACGUUCAGUAUACAGAUGUAUUUUGAUAAAGUAUACAUAUCACUAUAUUGGCAAAAGUAUUUGCUCACCUGCAUUGACUCUCAUAUGAACUUAAGUGACAUCCCAUUCCUAACCCAUAGGGUUCAAUAUGAUGUCGGUCCACCUUUUGCAGCUAUUUUAGCUUCAACUCUCCUGGGAAGGCUGUCCACUAGGUUUACGAGUGUGUCUAUGGGAAUUUUUGACCAUUCUUUUAUGAGCUCAUUGGUGAGGUCAAACACUGAUGUUGGUCGAGAAGCCCUGGCUCCGUCUCUGCUCUAAUUCAUCCCAAAGCUGUUCUAUCGGGUUCAGAUCAGGACUCUGCAGGCCAGUCCACACCAGACUAUGUCAUCCAUGUCUUUAUGGACUUUGCUUUGUGCACUGGUGCACAGUCAUGAAGAGGAAGGUACCCACUCCAAACCGUUCCCACAAGUUUGGAGCAUGGAAUUGUACAAAAUGUUUUGGUAUCCUGAAGCAUUCAAAGUUCCUUUCACUGAAAUUUAGGGGCUUAGCCCAACUCCUGGGGAAAAACAACCCCACACCAUAAUUCCUCCUCCACCCAAUUUCACACUUUGCAGGAUGCAGUCAAAAAUGUACCGAAUUCCUGGCAACCUCCAAACCGAGACUCACCCGUCAGAUUGCAAUUAACUGUGCAAAAAGUCAGCAACCUUUUUGCACUAUGCGCUUCAGCAUCCGCUGACCCCUCUCUGUUGGGGUACUUGGCCUACUAGUUUGUGACGGCGUUGCUGUUGUUCCCAAACUCUUCCAUUUUCUUAUAAUAAAGCUGACAGUUGACUGCGGAAUAUUUAGGAGCAAAGAAAUUUCACAACAGGAAUUGUUGCACAGGUGGCAUCCUCUGACAGUUCCAUGCUGGAAUUCAGUAAGCUCCCGAGAGCGACCCAUUCUUUCAACAAAAAAAAAAAAAUCUCAAAACAGUCUGCAUUCCUAGGAGCUUGAUUUUAAGUGAUUAGGAUACCUGAUUCUGCUCAUUUGGAUGGGUGAGCAAAUACUUUUGGUAAUAUAGUGUAGGUUCUGUACAUACAGAACACAUGUAUAUUUUUAUACACGCACACACAUAUUGACUUGAAAUACUUUAAAGGGAACUGUAGUAAAAUGGCAUGUUGGUUAUAUUUAUAUUAAUGUUAAUAACUCAUCUUUAUAACCUUUUAAAAUUCAUAGUUUAUUAUUAAAAACUUUAUUACACGCACGUCGCCAUUGUUGUUUACUUCGCAGUGUGGUGACAUAAAACGGUGUGGUGGGCUGUCGCGAUGAGCUCUCAACUAUUCAGGCUUGACAGUUAUGACAGUCAACGCAAAAUGGGAAAAAAGAUGACGUACCAAGACAAAAGUAAAAUUCGAACUAAAAAUGUGGACAACAUGCAGGGAGGAAUCUUUAGUUGGUCACAUUCGAUGUUGUGUUUGUGGUAAAUUUUCACUGAUGCCAACCUAGACGUAAAUGCUCCAAAAGGGCCGUAUCGAGCAGCCCCGUGGGUUGGCGCCAGUCAGCCAGUCUCUCAGAACUCCACUUUUUGGCUCAAAACGAAAUUACGGGCGUUUUUGGGAGAAAAUACUUUUGGGAAUCUCCACUUACUACUGAAGAAAUACGCUCCUCAGUGUCGAUUUUAGAAUUUUACACAUCGAAGUGUCAUCUGGAGCAUAGUUUAGUACAGUACGUGCUCAAUUCAAGAGCACGUACUGUCUAAUAUGACUAAUAAAGAUAACACAACAAGCACGUAACAUGGCACAAGACGAAGACAUUGAUGAACUGACAGCUAUGUGUGCGGCACUUUAGAAUAGAACAGAAUUAACGUGUCAGCAAAAUAUCAUUUCUCCCUAGUGCAGGGGUGAGCAAACUGUUCCACAAAGGGCCGCAAUGGGUGCGGGAUUUUGUUCCAACUCAUCAAGUGGACACCCUUUUCACAAAUCUAGUGUAUUACAAGUACAAUCAGUUGAUUGCAGUCAGGUGCUUCUUGUUUCCACAGAAACUUAAUUGCUCGAACUGUCUGUGCUGGAUCGGUUGGAACAAAGACCGUGACCCACUGCCCUCUUGAGGAACUUUUUGCUCAGCCCUGCUCUAGUUAGGGACAUAUUUUCUAGUGCGUAACCAGUUUACAUCAGCACAUUGCGAUGUAAACAAUAAUGGCGACUUACAAUGAAAUAGUUUUUAAUAUUAUAUUAAGCAGCAAAUUAUUUUAUAGCUUGUAUGUUAUAAAUGAGUUACUAACAUGUAAAUAAACCAUACGAACCAUUUUUACUCAGGGUUCCCUGUAAGAUCUGGCCAACAAAGUAGAAAAUGUAUUCAUGUCUACAACUGCUGACAAUACAUACGUGUUAUGGAGUUCUUCUGAAUGGCCUUGAAAUUAUCCCAUUUCCACUUUCAACCUCUCGUGGCCAAAUGUAGCUCCCCGUCUAUUUGUUACUUGUUGCAAUGCAAGUUAGAUCAUGUGGAAUGUAGAGUAGUUACCAGUGCCUAUUGUUCCAAAGCAACACUAGAUAACAUUUCAGUUUUGGUCGAUUUUAGUGGACAAAAGCGGUAGUGUUUUGCCUUACAGCGGAAGGUCAGAAUUUUCACAUUAAACAUUAGAGUUAAUCUUCGAGUCAGCGGGUGUUAAAUUAGUCGAUUUCAACAAAUUCCGUGCAGUUUGUUUGUUAUUUUUUAAAUUUCAGGGCUCCGGAGUGGCUAAGGUAGCGCGAGCCAAUGGUCCCUUCCUUUCCUAGCAUGCCAAUAAAAAAUGAUACGAACAGAUCUAACUUGGUCAACUAGAUUCAAAAUGCAGAUCGUUCUUCAAAAUACCUUUGCGAGCAAAACAAUGUCACACCAAACUAUUUUUUUAUUAUUACUAUUUUUUUUAGAUGCGUAAUGCGACCACAAUAGAGAGAAGGGCUUCGGCCACUCGUGCUCAUGCUGUGUUCGAGGAAAAUGGGAAGUCUGACUUAUCCAACACGGAUGGUACAAGUCUCGACCUUAAAGCGUUCCAAGCGUUUUUUUGGCCAUCAAAAGACAUGUUGACCUCCAGCAAACAUGGCUUCUCGUGGUAGUGGAGGAAAAAACGACGGCGUAGGUAAAUAGACCAUUUUGUAAACUGCCUUCUUUAGUUUUACUAUUGACGGUCUGCUUUUCAACGGGCAGCGCAUUUUGUCGAGUGACAUCUGAUUAAAGCAACUCGUGAAGUUGGGUUACUCUUUUUUUUUUUUUUUUUUUUUUUUUUUUCUCUCUGACUUCGUGACUAGGGCCCCCAGUGCGAAUGAUGUUCAGUGAUAUUUAUCCUGGUCGGAGGUCGGGAAAACUCAGAUUUCCCACCUUCCUCAAUCUACAAUCAAUCAGUCUACAGAGUCUUGACUAAAGAACGGCAACAUAGUGAAAUGUGCAUUUAGAGGCAGUGGAAACAGAAGAAAUGGGCAAAUGAGUUUCCACAAAUUCCCUAUGAAGAACAAGGAACAAUACAAACUGUAAAUACUUGCUGCUUGCUACAAAAUAAACACACAGGUAGAAAAAAUAUAUCACUCCACUCUGCAGCCUGUUACUUACAGAGCUACUGAAUUACAAAUGUUGCUGUUCAUACUGCAGUUGUUGACAUGCAAUGGUAAGUUUUAAUAACUGCCUGAAAACAGCCAACACUAUUGACUGCAUGGGUCAUCACUAGGGGUGCAACGGUUCAGUUUACCCAGGGUUCGGUUUGAACCUCGGUUAUGGGAUCACGGUUUCUGUUCGGUCUCGGUUUGCUUUUUUUUUUUUUUUUUUUUUUUUAAACUGCCUUUAUUUUGCUUUUAAGAAAAUGAAAUAAACACUUAAAAUGUAAACAUUUUCGACUGUUAAAAUGCCUCUUAGCUCUUUGGCGAGUUUAGUGACUGACUACUGAAAUACACACACAGUAGUAAAAAAGUUACUUGGCAAAGUAACUGAUGUUACCUUUCUUUUUUUUUUUUUCGUUUAAAAAAAAAAAAAAAAACAUAGUAACCUUUGCUAUGUUUGGAGGUCAUUUAAUGUUCUGAAUCAACCGUUAAAGUUGAUAAAAUUGAUCCCGUUGUUGCAUUAGUUCCCUUCUGUCUAGUUUCAACAUGUGAAAAUUUGAAAACUGUUUCAUCAUUUAAAGAUAGACUCAAAUCAAGAUUUUGCCGAUUUAGGAGUAUUUUAGAUAAAAAGUUACUUAGGUUCACUAGGAAGGUUCACUACAACAGAGCCUUUCUGAGAAGUUUACUGCUCUAAAAUGGCAGCUGUUUACUAACGCUACCGAGUCUGUCAUUUCGCAUGUAGUUCUAUAUGCAUGAGAUAUCUAGGCGUAGGUUGUAGGCUGUCUGCUACAGUCAGGAAAUAUUGGAGCCACAUAGCCUAGCAUCGCGUUUACUACAGCGUCACAACAAACACUCUUCCCUCUCCAUGUCUCUGACUUUUCUAGCGUCAUUCAACCAACGUAUUAACAAACGGAGGGAAAAAAACGUAAUGCACGAAAAACGUACAGAUUUUGAACGUAACGUACGGCGUACACAUUUAAAAAUCAGUGCUCACUUGUACAAAUUACGCCGAGACAUUACAACUUGACAGGUAUGAAUUAUAGUGGACCGUCACAGUUAGUUAGUAGCACUCUGUAGCACGGAACGUCCAACUAUCAGUGGUCACUAGGGAUGUCCCGAUCCAGGUUUUUGCACUUCAGAUCCGGUACCGAUAUUGUUUUGCACUUCCGAUCCGAUACCGAUACUGGCCGAUACCGACCUAUCUGAGCAUGUGUUAAAGUUUAAAGUUAUUUAGCCUCCUUACUUAGUUGUCAGACUGAUGUUGAAAAAGGUUUUAGUACUCUUGAUAACAACUAGCCAGCUGAAUUAGCUGAGUUUGAAUAACACACAACGGUUGGUAACAAGAAACUGACCUGUUUAUUCAGUGACAAACACAAAACAUUUUAAAUAACAAACAGAAAUGGCAUAGUCAGUCAGUAAAACGUGCAAAUAAUAUUGUAAACGGUCUUAAAAAAGCAAAACACACCAACAACCUCAGUGGAAAAUCCCACAAAUCCCCCAAGCUAUUAGAUGCUUUUAGUGUUUCGUGCAUUAGUUACAAAAAUUGUUAAAAAAAAGCCUCUCAGGUUUAAACGACUAUUUCAGUAUCAAUUUAACAUUUUAAAAAAGUAAAUAAAAUACUAAGUCCCCAUUCUGUAUCAGUAGCUUUAAACUACAUUCAAUUCAUUUAAUUUUGCGAAUCAACUGUUAAAGUUGUUAAAAUUGCUCCCGAUAUUCCAUAAUUUCCCUUCUGUCUACUUUCGACAUGUGAAAGUUUUAAAACUGUUUUGAAGAUAGAUUCAAGUCAAGAUUUUGCCGAUUUAGGAGUAUUUUAGAUAAAAAGUUAGGUUCGCUUGGAAGGUUCACAACAGCCUACUAGGGAAGUCUCCUGCUUUAAGAUGGCGGCUGUUUACUAACGCAUCAAGUUUCCAUACUUCAAUGUUGCGAACGCCGUCGAGUCUGUCAUCAUGCAUCUAGUUCUAUAUACAUAUAAUAUCUAUUAUCUACAGUAAAACGAUGUUCACGUAGUUUGUAGCGACUGUCCGCAGCACUCAGAUAUUGUUGUGUUUUUUAUCCAGAGGCAUGAGUUGAGCUAAAGCCGUGAGUCGAGCAUUGGCAUUACCCGGGUCUAAGACAAGUUAUGUAUACUUUCGGGACGCAAUGCGGUCAGUUUCUCAUUGCGUCCCGCUUUACUUGACAUAUUUCAAUAAUCGGAAUUUGGAUGUUUGUGAUUCGUUCUCGAAUCUUCCACGGCCGAAUCACGUGUUGGAUGGUGCAUCUUUACUCACGUGAGAUAAUGGCUUGUCAUCCAGAAUGAAUUCUUCGGCAAUGACUCCUGCUAUUCCCUGGGCUUUGGGACUGUCGAGUGCCAGUUUGUCACGCAUAGCAAAAGUUUCUGCCAGUGUUAGUUGCGUAGGACCUUUCUUUUUGUCUUCGGUUUUCUUAAAAUACGCCUCAUAUUGUUUGUGGUGGUGUUUCGCUAAAUGCUUGAUUAGGUUGAUUGUAUUAAAACUUCUUACAGCUUUACCACUACGCUUGACUUUAUUGUGGCAUAUGUUGCCCUCUGCUUCUUCGUCUUUGUCGUCCUUUAAAGUGAAAUGAUCCCACACAGCUGACAUUUUUACCGAUAAAGUCUCUCGGUAAAUUGGGAGACGGUAAUGUAAAUGUAGUGUGUUGAAGGUGUGCCGUAAAAUGCAGACGGGAUUUUAGGCAAACCUAAGCAAAAACUAGAAUGAAUUAUGUAAAUCGUUGCGCUGGAAAACCCGGACUUUAAAAAAACUGGAUCGGAAGUCGGGAUCUGAAUUUUUCUGUAUUGGCUGAUCCGAUACCGAUGCGCAUUUUUUUGCCCAUAUCGGCGUCCGAUCCGAUCCAGAUAUCGGAUCGGGACAUCUCUAGUGGUCACGGCGAAACUAUGUGCUUUAGCGAAGUCAUCUUCGAUGGCUUUGCGUGCCAUUUCAUAAAUGUCGGGGAAUACAUUGUUGAAGAAAUAUGUCCGCGAGGGAACAAUGUAACGCGGGUCAAGCAAAUAAAUUAACGAAGCCCGCCGUGUGUUUUCACUGGUGUCAUCUCUGGGGUUGUCCUGGGGGUUGAGAAAGUGAUAUCUGUGGGUGAUGCCGGCUGAGAUGCCGGAGUCAUGUUAUAAGUGUUGCCAUUAGCAUAGGGAACCAGCGCUGAGCAAUGCUAGCAAAUUUUUUUUUUUUUCCAAUAUUUUCUCUCCCUCCGCAUUGUAGUCCACGGGGAAACCGGGGAAAUGUUGCUACACCGCAGAUUUGAAAGAAGCCAGUGCUUCCUCAAAAUUCGGUCUCUCGACUCCUCCGCUUGCCAUAGCUUUUUGUUUUCUUUCUUGUUUCACUUCGCUCGUAAGUGAGAGAGGGCGUUACUCGGCUUCUAUUACACAGGUGCUUGACAGCGUUCGGACAUUUACUUGUGGCGGGGCGGGAAUUUCUCUACAGCUGUGCUUCACGUCAUACAGAGGCACACAGAGCUCGACCAAUUUAUUCCACAAGCGUUCGGAAUAAAUUAAUUGCAAAACCGAAAAGGUGCGGUUCAUAAAGGCGUAUUGAACCGUACAAGGCGAACCGUAUGGUUCGACUUUGAACCGCAAACCGUUGCACUGCUAGUCAUCAUUCAGUGAUUUUCAUGCGUGCAUAUUUUGUUUUUUAUUGGCAUGCUAGGAUGGGCUCAUUGAAUCGCGCUAGCUUAGCCACUCCGGAGCCCUGAAAAUAAUAACUAACUGCACGGAAUUUGUUGAAAUCAACUCCACCGACUAAUUAAACCCCUGUGAACUUGAAGAUUAAGCCUAAUGUCAAAAAUUCUGAUGGAAUCAUGAUCUCCUGAUUGCCUGCAUAUCGAUUAAACGAUAUUUCUGUUUCUAGCGUCGGUGAGAAGGAUGAAUAGUAAUGAUGUAAUGAAUCCAGUUGUGUCUAAACAAUAGCAUACGAUGAUGUUGAUAGUAAGAAACGUUUGAUUUUGUACCUUAUUCCCUAGAGGUGUGCAUCGGCACUGCCCUCACGAUUCGAUUCGAUUACGAUUCGGAGGGCCACGAUUCGAUUCGAUUCGAUUCAGAGGGCCACGAUUCGAUUCGGUUCGAUUCGGCAAUGCAUCACGAUGCAUUAAAGCCUGGGAUGCAUUAAAAUGCUAAAGCAAAGCAUAUUUUUCGUGAAUAAUGAGGCAACACAAGCGGUCAGACAUUAAACAACUUUUUAUAGGCUCUUGUGUCAUUACUGGUUGUAGUCAAAUGAAAAUAGUAAUGUAUAUAAAAAUAAAAAUAAAACAUCACAGCAUUUAAUUAGUGCAUUGAAUGAGACCAGGGCUUGUAUUUUUUUUUUUUUUUUUUUUUUUUUUAACACACAGUAGCAGCCUUUCAUUUUUUACACACCGCAUAAGUUUGGUCAAGUUUCCCACCAACCUCAUAGAAGCCAAAAUGUCUCCAUAUGCCUGCUUUCAAUGUCUUUGGUGCGUCAAUAAUCUUUCGCGCUCCCUCUUUCUCCGCUUCAGCCAUUGUUGUUAUGUCUUAUCUCUCUGCUUUCUCAAUUGCCACUGCGCAAUUGCGCAUGUCUGUGACGUUACUCCCGUGAGGAAGCAGAUUUGGGUUCCUCGUCCCCCCUGCAUUGCUUGUACAGUAGCUCCCUCUACAGGUAAACAUGAGAAUAAUAACACAAAUGGGGAAACCAAAUCCACUGCAUCACCGGAAGAUUUUUGAACGGACUUAUAUAUUUUAAUAUGUGCUGAAUCGAUUCGGCUUGUUGCCCGCAUCGAAUCGCAUCGUCCAUGGCCCGCAUCGGGCUGCAUCGCCGCAUCGAUUAUUGUUGACACCAGUAUUAUUCCCCCACCGGCCGGUUAUGAAUUUUUUUUAUAAAGUUUUAAAAGUUACCCAGUGUUCCCAUCUGCAGGUGACUGGGAGAUCAUGAUUUUACGAUACUGUGCGCUGGUCCUCAUGGGAAAUGCAGCUUUGCUUGAGGCAAAACAGUACCGCGUUUGUCCACCUGCAUUGCUAAAAUUAACCAAAGUUGAAAAGUUACCUAGUGUUACUUUAACAAAGCAAUUAAAAAAAAAACCAAAAAAAACUUUUUGUUGUUGCUGCCAAAUCCAGUUACUAAUUUGAAUGAGUGUUUGUGUAGCAUUUGUUUAGCUAAUGUUAUGAAAGCUUCAAGCUCAUUGUUAAUUAUGUUAAGGAUGCAUUUGCCUCCCUAAGGGUACUGUAACCAAACCAAACUUUUUUAUAUCUCCUCUUUUACUUUGUUAGUUUUUACCGAAGGGUUCAUUCACACUUCCCAUGUAUGUCUGUGUGCAGUGUGUUUUCCUAGAAACACUACAAUGUUUGAAGAAUCUGGGUGUGACCUUGCUGAUGUUUGCUCAUGUUUGUACUUGUCUUCUCAAUGGUGACAUCUUUCUCAUGGUCGUGUGUUGUACCUAUGAAUGUCUUGUUCUCAUUUUUAAAGCUCUCACUUUCACACGUUUGUGUUUAGUGCCUACAUAUUUGCAACAAUGUGAAAAUAGAGGAAAAUUAUGUUUUCAAACUAUUUUGUGAAAAGCUCUAUUUAGGUAGAUUUCUAACUCAAAUGUAUUUUUGUAAUUUCUAUUGUCAGGAUAUUUUACCAACUCAAAGCCUACUAAUUAAUGAUAUCUGCUUUAAAUCAUUUAACCUAGGGGGGUGGGUGAUUUUUUUUUUUUUUUUAAACAGUAAAUGAAUGAGGUAGUCUAACAUUCUGUUAGUUCCAGUCUGUGAAUACCUGUUAUUUUAAGUGAAGUUUUAAGCAGCCGUGUAUAAUCAGGGGAAAAUGAUAAAUGAAUGCCAUUGAGAGGCUUUGUCUGCAUGAAUACGUGCAAGUAGGCCAGUGUUGUAUUGUUUUAGUGUGUUUUGUGAAAACAAGAAUUUCUACUGUUUGUGUUUGGUGGUGUACUUAAGCGAAACCGAUAAACUGAGUCAUGCCAACAAAUUGUUAAUUGGCAUUCAUUUCUCAAGUAACCAAAGCGUCAUAUUAUUGACGCUGAAAUUAAUUGAGUUUAAUCUAAAUAUGACGAAAAAAAUAAUCCGAAAGGUCCAAAUUGUAAGUGUGUUAGUACAGCUAUCUUCUUUUAAAUGUUGAAAUGUAUUGCUUAAAUUUCAAGAUGACAAUCCAAAAUGUCUAAAAUUAGAAAUUGACACAUUGUUUUUUAUUUGGAAUCCCAUCCCAGAUAGGUUUGCUAAAUGUUAAAAAAUGUU